AUGCUCGACUUUGACAUGUUUCCUCACAUCCGCGACAGUAUCGUUCAGUACGCGUGCCCCAAGUCUCUCAUGGCCCUUCGCGGCGCCUCGCACGACCUCCGCCGCCUCUGCGACGAGAGACUGUUCGACCACGUCGAGAUUGAGAUCACGUUUGAUGGUGUCGUCCUCGUCCAUCCCUUUGGCACCGGCCUUGCAUUCGAGUGGAUGCGCCUCGACGUCUUUAUCAACAGCGUCCCACUCCAAGAUAUCCCUGCAGCGUACCGCAAGGCAUACUCUGACCCAGAGAGCCGUGCCCCCGAGCGUAAGCUGCUGCGCCAGUACAUCCAGUCCCGGAUGGAAAUCGCGCGCGUCGUCGACCUGCGGCGUGAGCAUGAGCAGCCCCUCCUCCGCUGUCGCAAGUACGUCAAGCCCCCCUUGGUCUUGGCUCUCUCAGAGCUCAAGGCCAAUGUGCGCUACUUUCACCCCUACGGCGGGUUGGAAACAUUGGAACCGCAGGACUACACGCACCUCCGGCUUUGUCUCCCUGGCCGCCUCGCUCGGCCCAUCCAGAGCCCCCAGGACAUGCAGGUCCUCAGCGACCUGCUUAUGAGAGUGUUGCCGAGGGGGGCUUGCUUCAAUACGGCCCGCAGGAUUACGGUGCACCUCCUUGACCCCCACGGUGCCGGACGCCCGGGAACUGGAGGUCUCUGGGUCCGCAAACCAGCAGCCGACAUCGGCAUCAACACUCCCACCCAGCCACAGGGGGACCAGAUUAGCCGUCGAUGGCCCAUUCAGCUCACUGUCGUCGGCGGAAUUGAGCAGCUCCGCCUCGCCUUCGGCCUCUCCCCUGCCCCUCCGGCCAAGCUCUGUGCUGAGCUUGGCGUCGCCGCCCAAGUUGUUCGUCCCCACGAUAUGGGGUUCGCUUACGAGGCCCCUCCUCCCUACCUCCGCUUCCUCACACCUGAGGCAUAUGUCGAGGAGGUUGGCGCCGAGCAGUUCGCGCUUGAGACGCAGCUCGACCCCUACGAGGGCCCCGCGGCGAUGUAUGUUCCCUAG